AUGGGCAGCUUCGAAGAGCCCAGCGCCAAGCGUCGCAAGACGAGCUUCAGUGACGUUCUGCCUGUCCCAGCUUCUGGCCAGCUGAACAAAAGUGUGCGUGCUGCACAGUCGGCAGUGUCCGCUGAGCCAGAAGACUUACGUCUUGGCUGCUUUGAAGUCGUCGAAGUUCCGGCCCCAAAGAAGAAAGAGCGAAGGCCAGAAGCCAGAGAAGCCACGGAAGCUCCAAAGGCAAAACCAAAGCCACCUGCCUCACCUCAGGUUGCCAUGCCCAACGAAAAGGUGCUGGAAGGAGCAGAAAAUGCAGCUUCGAGCGCAGCUCCCGCAUCAACUGCCAAAGCAGCGUCGAAAGCGGCAGAAGCUGCAAAAUUGUCAAGGGACAAGGAACAAAACGAACGUCGUGAGCGCGAGUACUUCAAGCCCUACAUAGGUGAGCCUUGCGGCCCGGGCAAUCGGUUUCUUGUUGAAGGUCCGCUCGGAAGAGGUUCAUUCAGCAGUGUCUUCCGUUGCUCUGAUUCCAAGGGUGGCGGUAAGGAAUACGCCGUGAAGUUUAUCCGCGACAACGCUGGCCUGCGAAAGGCGACGGAGGUGGAAGUCAAGCUGAUGCGACGAAUUCGCACCAAGGCAGUGGAGAAGGACUCCGAGGGUGCGGGCUUCCUGCUUGGCCUGGCAAACCUGGAAACCUUCAUGCACAAUGGGCACUUGGCCCUGGUUUUCCAUCUACAGCGCUAUGACAUGCGGACCGCUCUGAAGCGACAGAUCCAGGAAAAGAACAGCGGGUUCCCCCUGAAGGACCUGCAGCGCUACACUUGCAACAUCCUCCUGGCUCUGCGGGCUCUUUGGGCCAUCAGGAUAAUCCACACGGACAUCAAACCCGACAAUCUCUUGCUAUCUCUGAACAAAGAGUCAGUGAAGCUGUCUGAUUUCGGAUGUGCCAUUGACACGCAGGAGUCCAUGCAGGCAUCCCACAUUCGAAGAGCCUACACAAGCAGCUAUCGAGCACCCGAGAUCAUCCUUGGCCAGUCGUUCAGCACGAGGGCGGACAUGUGGAGCGCGGGAGCGACUCUUUUUGAGCUUGCUUCGGGGCAUGUUCUCUUCCCCGAAGGCGCGAAUAACGCGAUGCUCUUUGAUAUCCUCCGAACCUGCGGCGCUUUCAAGAAGCAGUUUGCAGUAUCUGGAAAGCAUGCUCUAAAGCACUUCACCACGCAGGGGGCUUUUCGCCGCCGCAGGCAGACAGGCAAUGAGCAGCAGCUGUCGAUGUCUCAGUUCAUGACACCAAGUAAGACUGUCACAACGCGCUUGCGGCAAGUUGUGCAGGACGUCCUUCUGGAGCCUUUCGCGGACCUUCUCGCAGGGGCAUGCUUGGUGCCCGAUCCUGCAAAGCGAUCAUCUGCACAAGCGGCUCUCAAGCAUCCCUUCCUGUCAAAGCCGAGGUGA